ACAAAGAUCAGCAAGGCUCUAUUUCUUCUUAACGGCGUCAUAUACUUCUGUGGACAUUGAACUCUCCAGCGAUUACCAAAUGCAGUGUCGACACUGCAUCCCUCUCGCUGUUUUCAUACAUUGCAAAUCGACUGCCUGUUUGCUUGUUCAACCAUCGGUUAUCGUUUGCAGUUCCAAAGGCUACUUACUUUGUACCAAUGGUCUCUUCCUCUGUAGGUACAGUAUCUCCAGCCCGCGAUACUCCCAUAAAUGCUCCCUGUGGUGCCGUCGAACACUGUGACCCAACACACGCAUGUCCUUCGAACGCGAACUCAGUUGAGUCACAACAAGAUACCGAUACUCAUUGCACCCAAUCGGCGCCCAGAUGUUCAACUCCAAGGAGUUCUGAAAAGAAACCAUCCAGCCGACGCCGUGAGCGCCGUUUUGCCACCGUUACCCCUCCCGAACUAAGCACCCUAAUGCAAUCCACUAACGUCGAUAACCGCAUUGGCCCUGCUCUUCCGCACACUUCUGUCAUUGCAUCUGCAGUUAAGACGAGCAAGAUCAUACGCGCGUCGAUGCCACUUAUCUCAGAGUCCCUAGCUUAUCAGGCGAACGAACGACGGCCGAUGUCAUCCGUAACGGCGUCCUCACUUCCCUCUGGCUUCCUCACCGCGUCUCGCCAAUCCAACUGCACUCCUCCCGUAAUCGACACACAAUCUCAUAUUCGAUCCAACUCGUUUUCUGACCCCACACAAGUGUCCAAUCGUCCUCAUACAUCUGCAACCCCUGUUUGCUCUGUGGCCAAAACCCAUUCCACAUUGAAAGGUUUACCAUGGUUGUCGCCGAAGUCAAUCCAGCUGCUUGCUAACCAAUCUUCAGUACUCACGAACUCCUCUGGCGUAUCCAGAGAAGCAUCUACAUCCACUCUUCUUCCACUAUCCCGGAGUCUGCCUCCUAAAGACAACGAGCUUCUCGCCCCUCUUUCAUCCCAAAAGCCUGUCUCACCCCCAAAGCCGGGGCGGCGGAAGCGGUGCUCACUGUGUUUGCGGAAAACCGGUCUUGUCGGCGGUUACUCAUGCCGCUGUGGGCGCAAUUUUUGCUUCCGUCAUCGGUUUGAGGAGCUGCUAUUGUUUAACGAACUGCAGAGGAGCAAUACCAAAGCCCUUAAUCAGCCGAUUACCAUUCAAGAACCAUGUCUAUCGAAAGACAAGGAACAAAAUGCCACCUUAGUCCCUCGUAAUGCGACCGAUGUGAGUCCAGCUUCGCCGGCGGAACUGACUUACCAAGUGAAGUUUGUGGGCACAGGCGACUAUGAUACAUGCCGACAAACUAUGUAUCCAAUAUUAGACAAACAAACCGAUUGCCAACCAUUUCAGUGCGCCAUCGGACAUACUCCUCAAGCUGACAUCGAUUUCCCCGUAGUUGUUUUUUAUGGCCUUACAAAUUUUUACUACUCCAUGGAAGAUUUUCUUCCCAGCUCUAACUAUUCUUACGCAAUCGCUUCAAAAGGUGUAAAGGAAGCAUGUGCAAAAACUUGGGAGAAAUUUGUGGAGGACUUUACGAAAUCCCACCCAGAGCUGACCCAGGAACAGUUACAGCGUGCAAUCUCAUUGAGAGAAUAUGUAUGCUUCAAAGGUGUGUACACCAUUACUCUCCUUCACGAUGGUUUUAACUUCCCAAGAGAUUAUCAAAAUCUGCUGGUUGUUGACACACUGAAUAAUACUGAUGUACAAUGGAGCCUGGGUGCAUUAUUCUACAUCUUGAACUUUGUUCCCAUGGACAAUCCAGGUGGCCUACUUGGAUAUCAAAUUGCUCUCAUAUUGUUGGCAGUGAUAUUGGCAAUUGGCAUCUCCGUAAUCGUAACGGUUAUGUGCGUCUGCAAGAAGCGCAGGGCAGAUAAAGCAUCACCCAGUGAACCGAGCACCAUUGAAGACACGCUGGCCAACACUCAGCCGGAUGGCAUCUCCCAGCCCAAACCAAAUUUGUGAUACGCGCUGAAUAAGCCUAUUGACUUCAUAGCCCAGUGGGGUUGUUUGAUCCGGUCUCUCUACAUCCUAACAACACGGCGCAGUCUGCAUAACAAGAAGUCUAACCUCUAACCUGCUCCCUCUUGCUGUGAAAAAGAAGUGAACCACUAUGAAUGCAGUCCUUUUCUCUUUGAAUGUACGCACAAAUCGGUACCCGGAUAUAUUAUAUCACACUGCAUCCAUGGUAACGGGGAAAACAGAAGUUUAAAUAUUUCUACUGAGGAAAAGUGGCGGGAACCUCCAAACUCAUUAACAGUCCACACCUCACCUUGACAGUUCUUAUACACAUUCUGUUCAGCCAGUAAAUGAUGGAGUACCACAUUUGUUUUCGGUUCCCACACAUACGCUUCUUUGGACAAACGGUUGUUUUCUUCACUGCAUUUGUAAUUGUCCAACAGGAUUAUUUUCUUUAUAAAAUUUACAUUCCUUGGUUGCACUUGGGAUAGCUAGCGAAAGGGGCUGUGGUGGACGAUCGGGUAGUUUUAGUGGGAACGUCCAAAAUGUGCUCUGAUAUAUUGCAGUCAGUCAUUAGCCCCAUGAAAUCUGUCCGUAUAGCUUCUAAGUCCUUGCGCCGUACCAAGGCGAUAUGCGGAAAUUCCUAGCUUGUGGGGCUAGCUGCUGUCCUCUACAUAGUUCGUAAGUGACAUAGCAGUGGAAGAAGAGCCGGGCUAUAUCACGGUCAACUGUCAAUCAUGUGGCUCUGCGGCUGUCACCCAUGGCGAAGUGGCACUAGCUGCUGGCAUCCGGAAGCCAUGGGGUUGGAACCCAGCAGGGAUCCGCUGGAAGGCGC